AUGGGUAUAUUUGCAAGAAAUUCAGUCACAUGGUUGAUAAUAGUAUCGUUUGAUUUAUCUGCCACACUUCCUGCUUCCAUGCCCUCUUCAUUAACCGUUAUAGCAAACGGUCUUGUUUGCACUAUUGUGGACGGUAAAAUUUACGUGAACAACGUAUACAAAACUAAUGCUACUAUGGAAAACAUCGAGGAAGUUAAAACUUACAAUGAGAAAAUGCGUGAAUGGACAAAAUCGCUUCAUGAUACGAUAAGUAUCAAUUUCUUCUUCAAAUACACUUCCAAUCGUUUUUUGCAGACUAUGAAAAAAAUGAUUAAUGAUAUGUUCGGUGAUCAUGGCGCAUUUUGGCGACAUCUCCAUGGAUCAUUUUGGGAAGCAGUCAAUGCAUAUGGACCAGAUAGUGAUCUGAUGAAUCCGGCACUGGUGCCAAUAGAGCAACGGAAGCAGCAAAAAAAGGCGAUUCUAAAUCUUCCGGAAUUAUUGCCCUAUCCGGACCCACCUUCUUUUUGUGACCAUAACAUGGAAUGA